UUCAAUCUCAAUUAAUUGACCACCGCUUCUCUUUUUUGAUCGAGAAUAAAGUGUUCAACUGAACCAUAUUUUUUUUCUUAAUUGGGUAUUCAUUCUGAGCAGUAUUUGAUUCACCCUUUUCUUUCUGUUUCGGAUCGGAGGGGUUAGGGGAGGGCUUGAUCGAUCGUUUAAAUCUAUUCGACGAGCGAAGUUUCGGUUUCUUUCGACUGUUAAAGAAAUUGUAAGAAUGGAGGGGACUGUGUUCGCCCCCUGUUUGGAAGGAAUGAAACAUGUGAAGUCUGAAGAUGGGGAAAUGCUGACCAAGCCUUUUUUGGAUGUGUGCAAGCUCAUAUUGCCAGUUAUAGAUAAAUUUGGAGCUGCCAUGGUGCUCGUAAAAACUGAUAUUGGUGGUAAUAUUUCGAGGCUGGAGGCUAAAUACUUAUCCAAUACUAUGGAAUUCAAUCACUUAUACAGUAUGGUACGAGCUGAGGUACAAGCUAACACAGCAAAAGGUUCAUCCAGCUGUACCAAUGGUCUUCUAUGGUUGACAAGGGCAAUGGAUUUCUUGCUUGAACUGUUCCGCAACUUAUUGGAACAUCCAGAUUGGACCAUGUCUCAAGCUUGCACUGAUUCUUACAACAAGACACUGAAGAAAUUUCAUGGCUGGCUUGCCAGUUCAAGUUUCACGCUUGCCAUGAAACUGGCUCCAGAUAGAACGAAGUUCAUGGAUGUGAUUGGGGGUGGAGGUGAUAUCAAUGCUGAUAUUGAGAAAUUCUGCUCAACUUUUGCUCCACUUCUUGAGGAGAAUCACAAGUUCUUAGAUGGUGUUGGCAUGGACAGCCUGAAAGCUUCCUAACUACCUAGAGAAGUCUGAUGAUAACUGGAUCUAGCAUUUCCUUUUUUCCUCUCUUCCUUUCAUGUACUUUCUGCAAUCUUGAGAAUACACUGGUAACCUUAAGACCAUGAUUUGUAUUGCACCUACAAUGCAAAUUUAUUCCAUUUACCCCUGUUUUAGCUAUAAUAGUAUUUUCUCCCAUUUUUUAAGAA